AAGCGUUUUUUUUUUUGAUAGUGAUUUUAAUCACUGUCAGAUAUCAUUAUACUUGAUCCAUCUAUACCACGUCACCACUGUGCCGCGACCCCCCUGUGCUGGAUUUUUUUUUUUAUUGAUGCAUACUAUUUGUACAGUACAAAUAGCCGUCGCUUGUUGAUUUUUAAAUUAAUGUGUUAUGUAUAGUAAAAUAAAUCUCAUUUUUGAACACAUAUCUAUAGCAAAGGUGACAAUUGAGACUGCAAUAUUAAUGUAGUAUCCAUCCGAGGUGGACGUCAAUCGCACGAAAUAUUUACCACGUAUUUACGAGUGACCUGUACACCAAACAUAAUGGACAGUGUAAGCGGCAGCACAACCAUUGAAACGUUGUGGGAGCAUAUUAAACAGAUGGACGCUUCGCGUAUCGGAUUAUUUUUUUGUAUAACGGCUGCAACAACCUUUUUGAUUUUGCUGCAUUUCACACAAACCGUUGACACCAGCAGAUAUCAGAUUGUAAACAGUAGCGACAGCGAUAGUGGAUACGAAGAUGCGGAUGACAUUGACAAUUUAAAAAAUAAUUUGUUUGUAAUGACUAAUCGUUUGGACGCUCUCGGUCGAGAUUACAUAACAAUCGAAGAUCGUGUUUUUAUAUUGGAAAAACGUAUCGAAACAGUAGAACGAACAUGCAUAUGAAUGUCAACGUGUGUUAUUUAACCAAAAUGCUGACAAACAAAAUAAAAUAAAUUAACUGAUAUUGUACUACAAAUAUAGUUACAUUUUUACAAAUGUAGAAACUGUACUAUACUAAUACACUAAUAGAUUUUUCAAAAAAUCUAAGAGAAUUGUAGUAUUUAUACGUGUUGAUAUCUACCAAAAAAAUCAGACCAUGAUAAUUUUUUAUACAAAGUUAACAAAAUGUUUUUUUUUUUUGGUCGUGUUUUUUACACACAAAUCAUUUUGGUUCGUGUUAAGGUCCUUCUAAAAUUAAUUUGCUCAGUUUAAUCAUUCCCCUGUUUACGACUUACGUUGUUGUUCGGUGUACGGUCAUACGUUUACAAUCGAAGUGUAUUUGAUCCAAAAUGUAUAGUGGAAAAGAAACGUAUAAUGCGUAUGAAAAUCGUCUCAAUGAAAAUUCAGGAUAUGAUGUUUGUGGAUUUUACUGUUCGACGUCUAAUGAUCAGCAGACUAGAAUUAAACUCCCUAAACACAAAGAGUUUGCCGAUUAUAACACUCGUUUAAAGACUUUUGAAAACUGUCCAAAAAAAUUGGAAUCAAAAAUAUCAAGACUUUGUGAUGCUGGAUUUUUAUACAUAGGUAAUGGACAAAAUGAUCAAAUGUUAUGUUAUUGCUGCAGUCAAGGUUUGAAAGAUUGGGAUGAUGAAGACGACCCAUGGGUAGAACACGUACGUUGGUCUCCUAGCUGUACUCAUGUAUUGUUAUGUAAGGGACAGUUAUUUAUCCAAAAUAAUAAAAUAACGAAAUAAGACUACUAUUAUUUGUUAUUCUUAUAUAGUAUUGUAGUUUGAAAAAUAAAUAAAGAUUUUUAAUAUUGUAUCUUGUGUGUUAUAUGAAACUGUAUAAAAGAUACAGUGUGUAAUAAAUAAAAAUAUCAAUUUUCGAUUUAGUAAAAAACAUAAUAUACUACUAAAUUUAUAAUUUCUAUA